GUCGGAGGGCUGCGGGGACACAACAAUGUGGACUUAUUUCUGAGGAGCUGAACGCAGACGAGCAGGGAAAACGGGGUGCUAGAGGGAGUGAUGUCGGCAGACGAGGAGCGGGAUGGAGAGGCGGCAGCGCCCCUGUACGUGUAUGAAUCCAAGGUCCACUGUGCCAAUGUGCUGUUGAGCCUGGAGGAGCAGCGGCGGCAGGGCAUCCUGUGUGAUGUCACAGUGCUGGUGGAGGGCCGGGAGGUCCGUGCUCACAGGGCCGUGCUCGCCGCCAGCAGCCGCUACUUCCUGCAGGCCCUGCUGGGGCACAAUGGGACAGGAGAGGUGGAGCCCAUCAUUAACCUGCCAGACAAGGUGACUGCUAAAGGUUUCGCUCCGCUGCUUCAGUUUGCCUACACAGCCAAGCUGGUUAUAAGUCGGGAAAACAUCCAUGAGGUCAUCCUGUGCGCUGACUUCCUGGGUGUUCACAAUUUGGAGGACUCCUGCUUUCGGUUCCUUCAAGCCCAGCUACAGAAUGACAGCCAACACGCCAGCAAUGGCAAGGUGGAAUACGAUGAAGACAUCACGGCGGACGAUGCAGUUUUUUCUGAAGCGAUAUGCUCGGAUGACUCUUCAGAGAACACGCAGCAGACCAAUCACGUAGCAAGCACUGCGUCCCUUCCCACUGACCGUUCUCAAUGUCCUAAAUACAGGAACUAUCAGUACCAAAUCAGUGAUAACAAGCACAAUGGAGAAGACCAUCAUGGCAGUGAUUACUCCAACCAUACCUCAGUAAGUCCUGUGAGCUCACAGCUCAGAGACAACAGCACUGCUUCUCAAACUCUUCUCACCCCCUCCAGGAUCAAAGAAGAACCAUUUGGGUUUGAGGGAGAAGGGGAUGAAAGGAGUGGUAGCAACCCAGAGUUGUGUACCGAGGAGGUGCUGGAGAUGGAGCUGGAGGUGGAAGGGGAUCCAGUAGCAGCUGAGCACUCCCCGGGCCGAGGCUCACCUUCUUCCUGUUUGCGCUCCUACCUCCAGAGAGGCGGCUUAGAUCUCAGCGGCGUGCCCAGCACAACCAUCCAGCAGCUACUCACCAACAGACUGACCCUCAACCACUACAAGGAUCUGGUCAAGGACAGGCAGAGGGAUAAGAGGGAUUAUAUGGGUCGAGGGGACCAUAAGAAUGCAGAUGGCAUUGGCAAGAACAUGGAUAGACCAGUCUCCAAAGCCUCCUCCUCACAACACGAGGGGGAGCUGGACAGAGCCAGCGUCAUUUUCUCUUCAGCAGCUGGAGAGCAACAGAUGUUGGCCAAUUCCUACAUGGACGAUCAUUUCAGAGAAAAGGUCUCGACCCUGAUGCAGGUAGAAGCUCCUUCUUCUGGUCGGUCCCGCCUCCCCUCCAGCUGCCCUGUUCCCAUCAAGACAUCAGCGCACUCCCCCCCCCCCUCUGAGCCCCACACCCAAACGUCCAGCUCCCGGUCCUCCUUCUCAUACCCAGAGGACGCCGGCAGCGGUAGCUCACCUUUCAACCUCCCCCAGUUUGACUUCUCCACAUCCCCACACUCAGGCUCCACAUCUGGACUGUCUCUCUCGCAGAGGAACCCCCACAGCGGAGAGCUGCUCUUCUCUCAGGGUUGCACCAACAUCAAAAGUGAACAGGGAUUUGGUGCCAGUGGUGACAACUCCAGCGACGAGUCAGGCUCUUUCUCAGAGGGAGACAGUGAGAGUGGCGCCUCCAGAGUCUCCGCCCCUGAGGUGAAGCUGCCCUUCCCUGUGGACCAGAUCACACACCUGCCUCGCAACGACUUCCAGAUCCUCAUCAAGAUGCACAAGCUGACUUCAGAGCAGCUGGAGUUCAUCCACGACAUCCGCCGCCGCAGCAAGAACCGCAUCGCCGCGCAGCGCUGCCGCAAGAGGAAGCUGGACUGCAUCCAGAACCUGGAGGGAGAGAUCCGCAAACUGGUGAAUGAGAAGGACAAGCUGCUGAGCGAGCGGAACCAGCUGAAGGUGUGUAUGUCGGAGCUGUGGCAGAACCUGUCCUUCCUCUCGCAGCAGGUGUGCAGGGAGGUGCAGGGCACGCAGCCCCCCCCCCACGCCAGCAUCGACCUCACCUCCAGCCCAGCAUCGCCUUCUGACCACGGGGGCUCCUCCCGGCCCCGCUCUCCUGCGUCCAGACAAAGUAACGCCGCGUGUCUCGGUGAGGGGGGGCGGGAGGGGAGGCGGAGCCCCGAGUGUCCCCUGCUGCUGGGGCCCAAUGAGGGAGUAUGUAGCCCCACGGUAACAGUGGACUUCUGUCAGGAAAUGACUGAGAAAUGUACAACAGAGGAGCAGACCUAGAGUCUCACACUGUCUUUACCUUGAUUUUUUGUUUUGUAAUGGAUGACACAUCGUUGUCUUAUCAGCAAUACUGUCCAACAGGUGUAUGUGGACUGGCAGCUUCCUGUCUCUCUGUCUCAUCCCAACUCCACUUCCUGUCUGCUUCCCUCCCUCCCUGGUGCAUCAUGGGAGGUUAAACUCAGGAAUUCCUCAGAAUGUUCACUAAUGUCCCUGUAAACACGCACUUUACUUUACAGUCCUGUCAACGCUUCAUACUUACUUUGGUACAUAUAAACAUGUGUUUUAACUGUU